GACUUCCUUUCAUUGUUCCUUGCGCACCAUUAAAGCAGCUGAUUUUCCCGAUCACAGCAUUGUGUGAAGGACUGGGCGGAAGGAACAGCCUUGCCUUUAUCUUCUCUUCCAACGAACAAGAGUUCCUGCCUGGCUUGUACAAUUGGAAUAAAUAGUCGGCAAGGCCAGUCCAAUGUAGCCUCGUGAAGCUGAGCGGGCUCCGACAGGCUCAUAAGUGAUGGGCAACGGAUUUUGGCACAAAGCAAAGAUGAUUGGUCCCAGAUAUUUACUACUGCUGCUCUUAGCUCUGCCUCAAUCGAUGCUGGGGCAAAAAGAUUUCUCUCCGUCAUUUGCACGCUGUAGCCUUUUUGGAGACGAUCACAUUAAAACCUUCGACGAACUGCUGUAUGAUUUUGCCGGAGACUGCAGCUACCUGCUCGCUGGAGACUGUGAGAAGAGGUCUUUCCUCUUACUUGGUGACUAUCACAAUGGCAAAAGAAUCAGCCUUUCUCUGUACCUGGGAGAGUAUUUUGAGAUUCAUUUAUUCUUAAAUGGAACCGUGACUCAAGGUGAAAAAAGGGUUUUGGUACCCUACGCCUCCAACGGAGUCUUUUUGGAAAAGGAAGCCGGCUAUUAUAAGCUGUCCGGUGAGGAACAAGGCUUUGUGGUGAAGAUUGACACCAGUGGGAACAUCCUUCUGAGCCUUGCAGAAAAGCAUUACAACAGGACGUGUGGACUCUGUGGGAACUUCAACAGAUUUGCUGAGGAUGACUUCAUGACGCAGGAAGGGAUAUUGGAAGAGAACAGCUACACUUUCGCCAACUCCUGGGGCAUGAGCAACGAGCAGAAGAAAUGCCAGCGCGUGGUGCCUCCCAGCCACACAUGCAACAUCUCAGAAGCUACAGACCAGGACUUCAUAGAAAACUGCCAGCUGCUGAGAACUUCAUCGGUCUUUUCAAAGUGCCAUCACCUGGUGGACCCCGAAAAGUUCGUGGGCCUCUGUGAAGAAGACAUGUGCAGAUGUGCUCGGGAGAGGAAUUGCCACUGCCCAGUUUUUCUGGAGUAUGCGCGAAGCUGUGCGCAGCAAGGUGUGAUUUUGAAAGGAUGGCCCGCCAGCAGCGGCUGCAGACCCGCGUGCCCGAAUGGCUUGCAGUACAACGAGUGCACAUCCGCCUGUGCCAAGACCUGCCAGAGCCUGAAUAUCAACGAAGUGUGUCCGGAUCUGUGUGUCGAUGGUUGCAGCUGCCCUGAGGGAAAGCUCCUGGACGGGGACGUUUGUGUCGAUGCCCCAGAUUGCUCCUGCAUAAAUGCAGGCAAGAAAUACCCGCCUGGCUCUUCAGUUUAUCAGGACUGCAACUCAUGUAUUUGCAGGCAUGGCGCGUGGGUCUGCAACAAUGAAGCCUGCCCAGGAGAGUGCUCUGUCACUGGCCAGUCCCACUUCAAAAGCUUUGACAACAAACACUUCACCUUCAGUGGAAUCUGCCAUUACUUGUUUGCUGGAGACUGCGAGGGGAACGCCUUUUCGGUCUUCAUUGAGACAGUCCAGUGUGCUGAUGACCGGGAUGCUGUGUGCACCCGCUCAGUCUCCGUGCAGCUCCAGGAGGAGAACUUCACUAUCAAACUGAAACACGGCGGGGGUGUUUCUGUGAACGGCCAAGACGUUCAGAUUCCCUUCAUACUAAAUACUCUGCACAUCCAGCAUACGGUGCUGCCAGCUGUUCGCCUCAGCUAUAAGGAGAAUAUGCAUCUGGACUGGGAUGGGCUGGGAACUCUUGUAAUGAAGUUAUCUUCAGAAUACACCGAACAAAUUUGUGGCUUGUGUGGCAACUACAAUGGCAAUCAAGGAGAUGAUUUCCUCACCCCUUCUGGACUGGUGGAAACCCUUGUGGAGGACUUUGGAAAUUCUUGGAAGCUGAAGGGGGACUGUGAAGAUCUGCAAAAACAAGACAGCAAUUCCUGCAGCCUCAAUCCUCGCUUAGCCAGGUACGCGGACAGCUCCUGCUCGGUCCUGCUGUCACCCCUGUUCGCGCCCUGCCACCCGGAGGUCAGCCCUUCUCCUUACCUGAAGAACUGCCGCUACGACGUCUGCUCCUGCGCGGAUGGCAGAGACUGCUUGUGCACGGCGGUCUCGGCCUAUGCCAUGGCUUGCGCCCGCAAAGGGGUGCUGAUCAACUGGAGGAAGCCGGAAUUUUGUGCCAUGAAUUGUCCAGAAGGCCAACUUUACCGACAGUGUGGAAGUCCGUGCAAUCAGACCUGCCGGUCGCUCGGACAUCCGGACACAGAUUGCCAGGAAUUUUGUACCGAGGGCUGUUUUUGCCCACUGGGGACGUACCUCGACCAACAGGGCGACUGUGUGCCCAGAUCUCAGUGUUCUUGUUACUACGAUGGCGAGAUCUUCCAGCCAGAUGACGUCUUCUCCGAUCACCACACCAUGUGCUAUUGUGAAAACGGCCUGAUGCACUGCAGCUCACAAAGACUUCCGGGAAGUUUCUUUCCAGAUGUUCUUUUCCCAGUUCAUCGUUCUGCCAGAGCAAAGCGGAGUGUCUCCUGCAAGCAUCCGAUGACCAUGUUUGUCUGUCCACCAAAUGACCCGAGGGCGAAAGGAGUGGAAUGCAUGAAGACCUGUCAGACAUACAAUCUGGGCUGCAUCAGUCACGGAUGCAUCUCCGGCUGCCUCUGCCCUACUGGAUGGGUGCGACAUGGGAACAAAUGCGUGGUCCCUGAGAAUUGCCCCUGUUUCCACAACGGACAGGAAUAUGCACCAGGGCAAACAGUGACCAAGGACUGCAAUACGUGCACCUGCCGCGCUAGAAAAUGGGAAUGCACGGAAAACGUCUGCGAUGGAAAGUGCUCGGUCAUCGGCACAGCGCACUAUUUGACCUUCGAUGGGCUGAAGUACAGAUUUCCCGGCAACUGUCAGUAUGUGCUUGUUCAGGACCACUGCGAAGAGGACGUUCCUGGGUCCUUUUGGAUCCUUGUGGCCAACGAAGGGUGUGGCUUCGCCAAAGAGACGUGCACUCGAAGGAUCACUGUUUUGUUCGACAGGGGAGAGAUUGAGUUACACGACGGAGAAGUUAAUGUCCUCACACCUCCAAGAGAAGAAGGCAACGUGGAGAUUUUGAAGUCUGGCCGCUACUAUAUUCUGAUAUUGGGGCGAGGAAGAAUCUCCCUGUCUUGGGAUCAAAACAUGGGAAUUACCGUUAUCUUGAAAGAACACUACAGAGAUAAAGUCUGUGGUCUGUGUGGGAAUUUUGAUGGCAUCCCAAACAACGAUCUGAGAAGUAGCCGGAAGCAGAUUGAAGUUGAUCCAAGUGACUUUGGGAAUUCUUGGAAAGUUCACUCACAGUGUGCUGAUGUCGGAAAGCUUUCCCAAGGACAGGACCUGGCAGCUUCGCUGUGCAAUGGCCACGCAAUAAAACAGGUGAAGGUGGAGACUUCCUGCAGUGUCUUGAAUAGCGAUCUCUUCAAAGAAUGCAAAAAACUGGUGGAUCCUGAGCCUUAUGUGGAAAUCUGCAUGUAUGACACCUGUGCAUGUGAGUCCAUUGGGGACUGUGCUUGUUUCUGUGACGCCAUUGCUGCUUACGCCCAUGUGUGUGCUCAGAAAGGCGCAGUGAUCCAUUGGAGGUCUCCUACUCUAUGCCCACAAAGUUGUGAAAGUAUGAACAAAGUGGAGGAAGAAUAUCAAUGUGAAUGGCGAUACAACAGCUGUGGCCCGGCCUGUCCAAGGACGUGCCAGCACAUGGAUCCAAUUUCAUGUCCUGUCAAGUGUGUUGAAGGAUGUCAUCCCCACUGUCCCGCAGGAAAAAUUCUCGAUGAGCUUUCUGAGUCUUGCAUCAAACUUGAAGAAUGUCCGGUGUGUGAAAUAGAAGGUCGCAGAAUUGCUGAUGGGAAGAAGAUCAUUUUGAACUCGGAGAAUUCUCAGCUCUGCCAAUCCUGCCAUUGCGAAGUACGAAACCUGACGUGCCGUCCUUGUGGUCUGGAAGAGGCUGGCAAAUUCCUGACCACUGUUAGUCCAGAUAAAAAAGAGGCAGAUGAAAUGGAGGAAGAAGAAGGAGAAGAAGAAGAAGAUACCACACGUGAAUAUUCCUGUAGCAAAAUGAUGGAUCUGGCCAUCUUAAUGGACGGUUCCAAUAAGCUUUCCGAGAGUGAUUUUGAAGAGUUGAAAAACUUCACCAUUAACAUGAUGGAAAAACUCCACAUCUCCCAAAAAAGGAUUCGCCUGGCCGUCCUGGAGUACCGCACCGGUUCACACAUUUACCUUGGUCUGAAGGACAUUAAGAAGUCAAAAAGAAUGAAGAGGAUUGUGCAAAAUAUAAAAUACACAGGCGGGAAUGUAGCCUCUGCCACCGAGGUGCUCAAAUAUGUUGUGUUCCAUGUAUUCGGCAAGGCGCCGCGCACAAACGCGGCCCGAAUCGCCAUGAUAUUUAUGGCAAGCAAGGACCCCAAGAGAAUCCAGGGGAUCUUCCCGAUUUUGAAAAAAAAGAAAAUAACUGUGAUACCAGUAGGCCUUGGACCCCACGUGAGCAAAGAACAAAUUUCACUACUAGAACGGCAGUCGCCAGAAAACAGAGCCUUCCUGAUGAACAGCGUGCUUGAGUUAAGGCAACGCAUGGAUGAAAUAAUUGACUACUUCUGUGGCCUUGUGCCUGAAGUCAGUGUGGUUCUUUCCACCCGACGCCCCAUCCCAACUCUACCCAGUGUGCAUACGGGGACCUACCAUCCCAGUUUGACAGAGGUACCGUCAACACAGGUUUCUAUCUCUGUUGAGAAGAUCAUGGACAUCGUCUUUUUAAUUGAAGGGUCCGGCAAAGUCGGCAAGAACAAUUUCGACACCAUCAAAGAGUUUCUUAUCCGUACCAUCCAGGAGUUGGAAGUAGGAGAAAAGACCAUUCACGUUAGCAUCCUACAGUAUUCCUUCACCAUCACCGUGGAACAUUCUUUCAGGGAACGCCAGUCUAAGGAACUCCUGAUUAAGAAAUUGCGGGAGAUGAAAUUCCAGGGAGGCAACGCAACCAACACUGGACAGGCGCUCAACUUCGUCUCUGAGCAGUCGUUUACCACCAACAGAAGAACUGAGCAGGUGCCCCACUUGGUUUACAUGGUUACUGCAAAUCCCUCUACGGAUACCAUCGUUCGUCCUCCCAGUGAUGUCCAUAUUAUUCCGAUUGGCAUAAGGCCUAGUGUAGACAUCCAGGAACUCGAAGAAUUAAGUCAAUCACAGGCUCCUAUUAUCAUAGAAGGCUUCAACGAUCUCAUCCAAGAAGGGCCUGACUUGGUCCUCAGAACCUGCUGCUCCAAGAACGAAAUUUGCACCAAGCCCAUGGACGUGAUAUUUCUCCUGGAUGGGACCUCAGACGUUGAAGAAGCUCAGUUUGAGGAAAUGAAACGUUUUGUGAAAGCAUUUAUUGAACACGCCGAUGUGGGUCAUUCUUGGACUCAAGUUGCGGUACUUCAAUAUGGAAAAGUGAACUCUCUGGAGAUUUCAUGGAAUGAACUCCAGGAAGAAACAAAUCUUCUGAAAAAGGUGGACUCCAUUCAUCAAAGAGAGAAAGGCCCAAGCAGACUAGGGGAUGCCAUAGACUUCGUGGUUCAGCAUGUCAUUUCUGAAGCCAACGGAGGACGACCCAAUGCAUCCAAAACGGCUGUGAUUAUUGUGGCAGGCACCUCAAAGGACGCUGUGGAAGCUGCUGUCUUUUCCGCAAGAGCCAACAGAGUUACGCUGCUUCCCAUUGGCGUUGGCACCAAAUAUAAUGUGGAACAACUGAAAUCUUUAGUGGGGCCAUCUGCCAAAGACAAGAUCAUUACACUGCAACAUUUUGAAGAUCUUUCUACAAUGGUCACGCUGGGUGUUGAAUUUAUGAAGAAACUUUGUACAGAGACUGCUAAGGAGUGUAUAGACGAAGAGGGGAAUAUCCGAGUACCUGGUGACAAGUGGCAGUUGCUGGAUCCGUGCUAUAGUGUGAAGUGCUUACCCAGUGGCCACACAGAACUGGAAAGCCACCGACAUCUCUGUGAGAAGAUGGCCAAGCCAACAUGUCACAACAAUUUCCCUGCUGUUAAAGUGGAGGAAAUGUGCAGCUGCCGUUGGGUGUGUCCAUGUACCUGCAUGGGAAGUUCAACCAGACACAUUGUCACUUUUGAUGGGCUGGAUUUUAAGCUGACGGGCAACUGUUCCUACACCUUGUUUGAGGACAAAGAGGAGGACGUUGAAGUGAUUCUCCACAACGGCGCUUGCAGCUCAGCCCCCAAAGUCAACUGCAUGAAUGCCAUUGAGGUCACCUAUCAGGGCUUCUCUCUGCAGCUCUAUAACAACAUGACGGUGACCGUGAACGGCGUGGCUGUUAUUCCCCCCUACAGCAAUAGUCAGGUAGAAGUCAACAUCUACGGGACAAUAAUGCACGAAGUCAGAUUUCUGCAGCAGAACCACACCCUGGCCUUCACACCGAGCAACAAUGAGUUCACGUUACAGCUUGGCCCAAAGAGCUUUGCCUCGAAGAUGUAUGGACUUUGUGGGGUGUGUGACCAAAACAGCGGGAACGACCUGCUCUUAAAGAACAACUCCAUCACUCGGGACAUCGGUGGCUUCAUCCAGGACUGGACCAUUCAGCAACCAGGACGGAUAUGCAAGGAGAGAAAGGCUGAGGUGUGCGUUGAGCGGGCAACUGGCCGAUGCAGCAUCCUGCUUUCCAACCUCUUUUAUGAGUGCCAUCAGGUCAUCCCACCCAACACCUUCUAUGCAACGUGCGAAGAAAACAAUUGCUGUGGGGAGGAAGUGUGUGAGAUUGUGGCCUCCUACGCCCAUCUUUGCAAAGUCCACGGGGUCUGUGUGGAUUGGAGAACGCCAGAUUUUUGCGCCAUGCCAUGCCCGGCCUCUCUGAUCUAUCAGCCCUGCAAGAAAGGGUGCACAAAACACUGUGAGAACGGGACCGACAUGCAAAUCUGCACAGACUACGCCACCGAGGGCUGCUUCUGCCCACCGGGACAGGUUGUCCUGGAUGGCACCUGCGUUCACGAAGACAUCUGCUCCCAAUGCAUCGGUGAAGAUGGAAGUCGCCACCAGCUCUUGGAAACAUGGAUUCCUUCCAUCGAUCCCUGCAAGGUCUGCAUGUGCCUGGAGAACAGGACCGUCAAUUGUGUGCCACAGCCUUGCGCAACAGCCAAACCCAUCGACUGCGGUCCCUGUGAGAUUCCAAGACUGCAGAGGAACUCCAAUCAGUGCUGUCCAGUUUUUGAAUGCGUCUGCGAUCUGAUCUCUUGCAAACUGCCUCUAAUACCUCACUGUGAAGAUGGUCUCCAACUCAUCCAGACAAAUCCCGGAGGAUGUCGACCAGAUUACGCUUGUGUCUGCAAAAAGGAAGAGUGUAAGCCACAGUCCACCCCAUUCUGCCCACCACAUCGCAAACCGGUUUUGGUGAAGACUCGGUGCUGUGAUGAAUUCCAGUGUGUUUGUAGCUGUAACAAUUCAACGGUGACCUGCCCGCCAGGCUACCUCUCAUCCUCCGUCACAAAUGACUGCGGCUGCACAUCUACGACGUGCAUUCCUGAUCAGGUGUGCGUACACCGCAACAUCGUCUAUCCUCUUGGAAUGACUUGGGAAGAAGGAUGUAAGGAGUGUUCUUGCACCCACAUGAAAGAUGCUGUGACAGGACUACAAAUUACAGAAUGUCUGGAGAAAGGAUGCAGUACGUCCUGUCCGGCGGGAUACAAAUACGUCAACAGAGAAGGGGCAUGUUGUGGGAAAUGUCUCCGGACAAUGUGUGAAGAUAAACCUCUUUGGUCUCGAAGAGACGAAGACGUCGUUUGGCACAAUGUCGGCUCGGAAUGGACGUCUCCAACUGAUCCCUGCGUCAUCAAAAAAUGUAUCCGUGUGAAUGAGGAGGUCUUUAUCCAGACCAGGAAUGUCUCAUGCCAAGCGAGGGAACCAAUCAGCUGCCCCUUUGCCACCGAGAUGCGCUGUGACCAGCGGUCUGGAUGCUGCCCUUCCUGUCGCUGUGAACCUGUGAACGGCUGCAUCUUGAAUGGCACCGUUCUCGCGCCAGGGAAACGGAUGCUGCUGGAUGAGUGCACCACGUGCCAGUGUACCACCCGACAGGGACUCUUUCUGACCUACAAAUUGACGUGUGGGAAAAUUACUUGUGAACCGUGCCCCAAGAAUUACCGGAUGGAGAAAACCUCUGGAUCCUGUUGUGGCAAAUGUUUGCCAACUCGGUGUGAUAUCCAGCUGAGGGACGGAACCAUUUUGUAUCUGAAGCCGAAUGAAACGAUCCAAGAUGGGUGUGACAAUCAUUUUUGCAAGGUGAACCAAAAAGGAGAUUUUGUUUGGGAAAGGAAGAUUACUGGCUGCCCUCCAUUUGAUUCUAAGAAAUGCUUAGCUGAAGGGGGUAAAGUUACAAAACUUGGCAGUACGUGCUGUGAAACAUGUGUGGAGCCAGAAUGCAGGCUAGCCACAGGCAGGCUGGAAUUUGUGAAAGUAGACGACUGUGUGAAUGAAAACCAGCUGAACCUCCAUUACUGCGAGGGCAAGUGUUCAAGCCAAGCCAUUUACAACAUAACCCUGAACCGUAUUGAAGACCUCUGCAGCUGCUGCUCGGCCACCGCAGCCGACACCAUGCGCGUCCCCUUGCGUUGCGCCAACGGCUCUCUAGUUCAUCACCAAGUUUUUAACGCCAGAGAGUGCGACUGCCUCUCUCGGAAAUGCCAACCGUAAUCCCCAAACGGGAAGGGAAGGCAUGUCCAGCUUUUUCUCCAGAUGCCGAAGCGUGUACAACCUGAUUGUAGUUUCCUUUGGGUAUUGGGAGGGGUUUUGAUGCUAGUUUAAUCAAAGCCAGGUAAGCAGCCAAGGAAGACACUGCACACUGGGGAUGUUUUACUUUUGAUUGUUUCAGGGAUGCCGUAUUUUGAAAAAGCCCCAAGAAGUCAGAUCAUUGCCGAGGGUGACUAUUCAAGAAGAGACCGGACUGCCCUCUGUCAGAAAUGGUGUAGGGUCUUCUGCUUGGGCAGGGGGUUGGACUAGAUGACCUCCAAGGUCCCUUCCAGCUCUGUUGUUCUGUUCCGUUCUGCUCUGUUCCAUCAAAGGACUUCUAUCCACGCGAUGAACUGACAGAAGAGUUUCGGCAUAUAGUUACUUUCGUUUCAAUUACUUUUAUGAUGAAGGGCUAACUCUAGCUCACCUUUCAAAAUCAGAGUUGUUUGGCUUUUGUUACAAGCUUGAAUAAAACAUUUGACUAAAA